AUGAGCGACGAGGUCCAAAGGAACUUGGCUGUGAAGACGGUUGCGGCCGUCUUCAUGCCUGUGGCAUGCAUUGCCGUCAUGCUGCGCUGUUAUGUGCGCGGGUUCGUGGUGAAGGCGUUUGGUUUGGAUGAUGCCGCGAUGAUUUUUGCUGCGUUAUUUUUCGUGAUGUUCUGUGCCUCUAUGAUCGGCGGGUCUAUAUAUGGGACCGGGUUCAAAUUUAUCAAUCUUUCCGCAGACGACCGUGCCACGGCCAUGAAGUUUUGGUGGCUAUGCGAGGUUGCGUACUGUUUUGCAUCAAUUGGAUGCAAAAUUUCAGUUUGCAUUUUCUUAAUGCGAAUCACGGUCAAACGAGCACACAUUUGGCUUCUGUAUAUCGUCAUGUUUUUCACUGUGCUUGCGGGUCUAAUCUUCUUCUUCCUGAUGCUUCUUCAAUGCAAGCCGCUAUCCUAUUUCUGGAACCGAACGAGAGAGGAUCCUUCCAUCGAAGGCCACUGUAUUAGUAUCGACAUUAUCAUCAUAAUGACCUACAUUUACAGUGUGUUCGCAGCGUUGUGCGAUUUCACUGUUGGAAUUCUCCCCAUUUUCCUCGUGCACAAAUUGCAAAUGAAGCGAAAGACUAAGGUGGCUGUCGUGGGCAUUCUAAGCAUGGCUUGCAUUGCCUCAUCAGCAGUUAUUAUUCGAUUCCCAUUCGUCAAGACAUUCGCAGACCUAGACGACUUCCUCUGGGCAACAUACCAGAUCGCCAUCUGGUCUUGUAUAGAAAUUGGCCUCGGCAUCACAGCAGGCAGUUUAGCAACUCUCCGUCCCCUGCUCCGUCACUGGCUUGGUUCACAAUCCGACAAUUACCCUUCAUCUGGAUUUCCCAGGCGAUCUAACUCACGUCGCGUCGGUGGCAGUGGGAAACGUGCUGUGCCAUUGGGAUCGAUAGAUGUAUCGACCGGAAGUGAACUCCGUCCUGAUAAACUGGCCGUCAUGGUGACCAACAUUGAGAGUCAUGGAGGUGAGGGUAGCACAUGGACACGAUCAUCAACUCCGAAUAGUAGUGAGGAGGGAUUGACAGGUGAACCGUCACCCCGCUCUCACACAGGAAAAAUGACAGUAGGUGUGCAUCAAACGUUUGAGGUUAGUAUGCAGUCCACGUCAGAUGGGUAUGGCGAAGGCUCACAUAGACAUGAUGUGAGGGAACAUGUAUAA